AUGCGGUUCAAAGGGAGUAAGCCAGCGUUCCCAAAGAAGGAAUCCCCAGUGCAGCUGGAAAACAGUUUCAGAACAAAUGGCAUCCAGGAAGACCAAGAAGAUCAGGAUCUAUUUGCAGACGCCACUGUUGAAUUGACCCUGGAUAGCACCCAGAACCACCAAAAGAAGGAGACAACAACUGUGUUCAGUCCUGUCCCUUCUGUAGAAAAAUCAGCACAUUCCUCUUCUAAGCAGCAGUCAAAAACCUAUGAGGAGCUGGAAGAGGAAGAGCAGGAAGACAAAUUUGAACUUUCAGUGGGAGUGAGCGAUCCAGAGAAAAUUGGAGACGGAAUGAAUGCAUAUGUUGCUUACAAGGUGUCCACCCAGACCACUCUGCCGAUGUUCAGGAACCAGCAGUUCUCCGUGAAGAGGCGAUUCAGUGACUUUUUGGGCUUAUACGAGAAGCUUUUGGAGAAACACACACAAAAUGGAAUCAUUGUUCCUCCUCCUCCCGAGAAGAGCUUAAUAGGAAUGACCAAAGUAAAAGUUGGAAAAGAAGACUCCUCCUCCACAGAAUUCUUAGAGAAACGAAGAGCUGCCUUAGAAAGGUUUAUUCAAAGAACCGUAAGCCACCCAACCAUGCUGCAGGACCCAGAUGUCCGGGAAUUCUUGGAAAAAGACGAGCUGCCGCGUGCCGUUGGCACCCAAGCCUUGAGUGGAGCUGGCCUCCUGAAGAUGUUCACCAGAGCCACCGAUGCAGUCAGCAAAAUGACCAUCAAGAUGAACGAAUCAGACAUUUGGUUUGAAGAGAAGCUUCAGGAGGUGGAAUGUGAGGAACAGCGCCUGCGGAAGCUACAUGCAAUUGUAGAAAUGCUGGUCAAUCACAGAAAAGAGCUGUCGCUGAACACAGGUCAGUUCGCCAAGAGUCUGGCCAUGUUGGGAAGCUCAGAGGACAACACUGCCUUGUCCCGGGCGCUCUCCCAGCUGGCCGAGGUGGAGGAGAAGAUUGAGCAGCUACACCAGGAGCAGGCCAACGGCGACUUCUUUCUCCUGGCUGAACUCCUGAGUGACUACAUUCGCCUUCUAGCUGUUGUAAGGGGUGCCUUUGACCAGCGAAUGAAGGCUUGGCAGCGUUGGCAAGACGCUCAGGUCACGCUGCAGAAGAAACGGGAAACUGAAGCAAGACUUCUGUGGGCCAACAAACCCGAAAAACUUCAGCAAGCCAAAGAGGAGAUCUCAGAGUGGGAAUCUCGUGUGACACAGUACGAGCGUGACUUUGAACGGAUAUCUGCUGUUCUCCGCAAAGAGGUCUUACGGUUUGAGAAAGAAAAAACAAAAGAUUUCCGGACACACGUGACCAAAUACCUGGAGUCAUUGCUACAUUCACAACAGCAGCUGGUGAAGUAUUGGGAGGGGUUCCUCCCUGAAGCAAAGGCCAUCUCUUAAACAGGCUGGGUAAACAUUUACUCCUGGAUUGGACUGCCUUGAUCACGGAAUACCUCUUGGCCUUGGCUCCUGCAGAUCUGAUACUCCUUUGCUGAAGGAGCGGUUUCCCCAGCUAGUAACUCUUCUAACUGUAUAUUAUUUUUUUCCAUUUAGAUUCAUAUAUAAAUAUAUAUAUAUACACACACACACAUGCACACACAUAUAUUUUCCUAUUGAAAAGAGACUAGUUUCCUGCUUACAGGGUGACUCGCCAUACAUAGCGGAGCGGAGGCAGGAAUUAACACACGUUCUUUGGACUUCGAUGUUGAACCCAUGGAUGUUUUCGGUGACUCCUGUGGUGCAACGACAGCAAUGAAAUAAAAGUUAAAAUCAGGGCUUGGUA